UGGAUACACAAAUUGUGAGGGAUUUCUUACACCUUUUAGAGGACAACGAUAUCAUUUGAAUGAGUGGCGUCAGGGUUAUCAGCCAAGUACUUCGCAAGAAUUUUUUAAUAUGAAACAUGCCUCAGCACGUAAUGAUAUUGAAAGAUGCUUUGGGUUAUUAAAACUUAGAUGGGGAAUACUUAGGAGUCCAUCAUUCUAUCCUGUAAGGGUGCACAAUAGAGUUAUUAUUGCAUGUUGUUUGCUCCAUAAUUUUAUUCGAACCCAUAUGAGUAUUGAUCCUAUUGAAGCGGAGGUGGGAGAAGGAUUACCUAGUAAUGUGGUAGAUGACGAUGAACCGAAUAUCGUAAAUAUUCAUCCAUCGGAUGCAUGGGCUACUUGGAGGAUGGAACUAGCAAACCAAAUGUUCGAUGAAUGGCAAGCAUCUAGAAAUUAGUUAGGUUUAGGGACAAAAUGAGUUUGAGUUAAUUUGUUUAUGUUAUUUUAUGUAUCUAGUUUGUGAAACUUUGGUGGUGUUUGAAUUGUUUUUUGUAUUGUACUAAACUUGUUGAAUUAUAAUUUAAUUUCUUUUCAUUCAUCAUGUGUUAUAAUUUUAUAUAGUGUUGAGCUUUUAAUUCAUGAUAUUUAACUUAAUUUUAAUUUUAUAAAGUGUUCACCUUUUGAUUCAUGAUAUUAAACUUAAUUUUAAUUUGUUUUUUUCUUAAGAUAAUUAUGUCAGGUGUUUCAGAAUCAAAUGUUUCUUCCCAAGCUUCUCGGGGAACCAAAAGGAAAUGGGUUCCAGAAGAAGAUGCAUCAUUGGUUUCCUGCAUAGUGGACUUGCACAAUGUUGGAACCUUUAAUGCUGAUACGGGGUUCAAAGCCGGUUAUUUAAACGAGUUGGAAAAAAUGUUAGAAAAUGCUUUACCCAAUACAAUGUUGAAGGCUAAAUCUAAUAUUGAAUCGAGGAUUAGGUUACUAAAAAGGGAUUGGUCAAUUGUGUAUGACAUGCUUAAUGGCCAAAACAAUAGCGGUUUUGGUUGGGACGAGCAUAGGCAGCUCGUUGUUGCUGAAGAUGCGGUUUGGAACUCUUAUUUAAAUAGUCAUAAAGAAGCCGGUCAAUUUAGACAUCAUAGUUUCCGUUACUACGACCAACUUACUGCCAUCUACGCACGAGAUCGAGCGACUGGUAAAGAUGCUUAAACAACCGCGGAUGUUAUUGAAGAAAUAAAUGUUCAGGAUGUACCUACUACAAAUAUUAAGGAAGAAAGAAACGAAUUCUAUGACUGCGAAGCUGAUGUCUCUUUGGAUGACAUAGAUGUUUCUGCUAUGGAGCCGCAACCAGAUAGAAACCAAAGGGGUUCCUCAUCUUCAAAGAGGAAAAAGAAGAAUUCUGAUGCAAGUGAUAAUCUUUCUUCUUCAUUUCAUGAGGCUGCCACUUUAUUGGCGGAAAACAUGCGGUCCAUUGGCGAACAAAUCAGUAGGAGUAUUGCCUCUGAUGUGGUAGUUCAACAGAAGUCAGAAGAAUUCCAAAUCAUCUAAGAAAAAGCUACAAAUUUAUAUCCAACCUUAUGUGAAAUAGAAGGUUUAACUGUGGAUGAGCGGUAUCGAGCUUUGAGUAAAAUUUCAGAUCAUCCAACUCAAAUGCUCGUUUUUCUUUAGUUUGCCUUCUGAUGUGCGGUUGGAAUGGGUCAGAAGAUUUCUUGCUGACCAUUAGAAACCAUGGUUCUGUUGAUGAUAUUUUCGUAACUUUUUCUGUUUGUAAUAUUUGGGAUGGUAUGUCACUACAAUGUUCAAACUUUUUGAUGUUGUAAAACUGUAUAACAUAUGGA